AGAAGAGAAAGAAAGAGAGAUGAGAGAAGUGAGGCCCUCAAACGACGUCGCAUCAGCACACUCUUCCUCCGACAACCUCAACAACAACACAAUCUGGCAAUGGAAAUCUCCGAUUCCGUACGUUUUCGUGAGCCUCUCCGUCGCAUUCGCCGUAAUCCUCCUCGCCAUCGUCGUCCUCGUCUGCUCCCUCCACAAGCACCACCACCACCAGCAGCAGCAGCAGCCGUCCGACGACGGCGGAGACAAAUCCGGCCGAUCGGCGCCGGACAAGGCCGCCGCUCCCAGUUUCAUCGUCGUCAUGGCCGGAGACGCCAAGCCGACGCACAUCGCGAUUCCCAUCCCUUCCUCACUCUCUCCUCAUCUCACUCAUGGAGAACAAGUCUUUAAUUAAUUACGGAGUAAUUAAUUUUGUUUUUUCUUUUUUUUUAAAAAAAUUUCUUCCCUUCUGGACCGCCCGGGAAUGUAAUUAUAAGAGUAGAAAUAUGCUGAGUAGAUUUAAUAAUCUCUCUUUUUCUUUCUUUCUUUGAUUUUACAAUAACAUAUUAUAAACACAAUUUUGGGAUGAUUUUCCUCUCUAACUUAUUCUCCAGUCCUGAAUUUCAUUUCUAGUCAAUAAAACAGAGUCUUUCACAAUCAAAACCCAUUGGCUAUUUCAUAAGUUUAAUCUCACGAUUUCGAAUGAAUUUCUGAUGAAUCC